CCGGAAUUACACAUUGUGAUCAUACCGGUUUCAAUUAUAAUUCUGACCUUGAACUUUCAUCCUCUUCUCGUGAGCUACGGAAAAAGAAACCGGUAAACAGACAGAAUGGCUGAACCCCUGAGAGUCCUCGUUACAGGAGCCGCUGGUCAGAUUGCCUAUUCCCUCCUUUACUCUGUAGCCAGGGGAGAUGUCUUUGGCAAGGACCAGCCCAUCAUUUUGGUUCUCCUUGAUAUUGCUCCCAUGAUGGGGGUCCUGAAUGGUGUUGUCAUGGAGCUGAUGGACUGCUCCCUCCCCCUCCUCCAGCAGGUGAUCCCCUCCUGUGAUGAGAUGGAGGCCUUUAAGGACGUAGACGUCGCGAUGUUGGUGGGGGCCAUGCCUCGCCGCGAGGGAAUGGAGAGAAAGGACCUCCUGGCCGCCAACGUCAAGAUCUUCAAGUCUCAGGGGCAGGCCAUCGAUAAAGUGGCCAAGAAAAAUAUAAAGGUGGUGGUGGUAGGAAACCCAGCCAACACUAACGCUUACAUCUGUAAGAAGUAUGCCCCCUCCAUCCCUCCCCAGAACUUCACCGCCCUGACUAGGCUGGACCAGAACCGGGCACAGGCACAGGUGGCGGCCCGUGUAGGAGUCCCUAACAGCGCUGUACGUAAUUGUGUGAUUUGGGGGAACCAUUCAUCCACACAGUAUCCAGAUCUGACCUACGCCGUCGUCAACGUGAAGGGGGAAGAAGUCAAGGCUCGUGACGCCAUCAAGGAUGAUAACUGGGUCAAGAACGACUUCGUCAAGACGGUCCAGCAGAGAGGAGCCGCUGUGAUCGCUGCCAGGAAGUUGUCCAGCGCCAUGUCUGCCGCUAAAGCUAUCGUGGACCACGUACAUGACUGGUGGUUUGGAGUUCCUGAGGGUAACAUGGUGUCUAUGGCGGUUCCCUCGGACGGUUCCUAUGGCAUUGAGGAGGGGUUGAUCUACAGCUUUCCCGUCCGCACCAAACCCGAUCACACGUACGAGAUCAUCAAGGACCUGCCGAUCGACGAUUUCUCGCGGGAGAAGAUGGACAUCACCAUGAAGGAGUUGGUGGAAGAGAAGAACAUGGCGAUGGCGGCCUGUCAGGACUGACCGCCCGCCCGACUCUAACCCCCCGUGUGUUUCUAGUGGUGACAGAUAAUUAUCAGUAAUCGUGGUGGUUCCUAGAACACACUCUGACGUCUUGUUGUAGCUGCUUUUUUGUUCCAUGCCAGCUUUACUAAUAAACUUCUCGUGUAUAGCCCAGCUUCCAUACUUCAUGGUUAAUGACAACUCUUUGUAUAAAUAAUAGACAUAUAAAAAGUUUGAUGUGUUUUAGUGGGACUUCUGUUAAAAUUAUGAUGGGCAGCUUUUUUUUCUUUUUCUAGAAUCAAGAUAUAUAAAAGCUUUGUAAAGCAAAGAAUGUACUCUAUAGAAUGGUAUUUAUAUGAUUUUAAUUAUACUUUGAGUGCCAUUGCUAAUCAUCAGAUUAGGACGAUAUUAAAAUUCACCAUUAAUAGAAGAUCUCUGUGUUCAAAGUGUUAAUGUGUCUCUUUAAUAAACUAAAAUAGAGGUCA